AUGGACCCUGAAGCGUCCAUUAUUCUGGUUGGGGUGCGUGGUGCGGGCAAGCGAACGCUGGGCCUGAUUGCAGCUACUGAGUUGAACUGGAAUUUUAUGACUGAGGACCGUUGCUUCAAAGAGUUUACGAAGAUGACUCCCGCGACCUUUGUCGAGAAAUACGGGAUUGAAGCCUUCCAUGAGAACAGCGUGGAAGCCGUCCGCAGAGUGCUUUUGACCUGUCGAGAGCGACAUGUAAUUGAAUGUGGAUGGAGCAGCUUGACAUCCGAUAUUCACUUGUUGCUCCAAAGACUGUGCCUUACAAACCCCGUCAUUCAAGUAACGCGUUCGCCAAAACAAGUCCAAACUCUACUCGGACUCGAUCAACAGCAAAUAGCGCUUUUUACACGAGCUGAAGAAACCCAUCGAGAUUGUUCAAACUAUGAGUUCUACAACAUACAAGACUGGACCGAGGAUUCCGCUACAAACGACAGGAAAGGCGACAUCUCAUGCUCUCCAUUCCGUCUGAAAGAUGCAAAAACUCACUUUUGCUCUUUCCUUGACUUGGUCCGUAGCAAAAGCGUGGAAAGACUGAGUCCAUGCAUAAACCGUCCACUAUCUGCCAUCCCUCUCGCAGAGAGACGCUUCACUCAUGUGGUGCGUGUUGAGCUCUCAACACUCAUACAAUUACCUCCACAGCUGGACAACUUCGAUUUCAUUGAAGAUGCUAUCGAGCUAAUAGACGAUGUCCCCUCAAGCGACGCCAACCAAAUCAUUGGCGAAAAAGUAGCGACGCUCCGGAGAGUCGCUGCGGUGGACCGUCAAGAUGAUGAAGAUUUCCAGGCUCGUCUCCUUUGGAGUGCGUUCCGGUUAGCUGUGGACUAUGUCGUCGUCCCAUUGGAAAGCAUCAAUCUUAGGUUGAAACAAAUCCUUUCAGAACGGCGAUCGACUCAGCUCAUAGGACACUGCGCUAUUCCAUUGGAUGCUGACGCUAUUGAAAAAGCCAGGCGCAUGUACGACAAAGCCUCCGAUCAUGGGUUUUCUAUGACUAGACUUAUCUUUGUCAAAGGUACCAGUACCCAGGACGAAAAAGCGUUACAUGACUGUGUUAUGGCGCUCAGAAGCAGUGUCAAACUCCGCGGAGGCCCAGCUUUGAUAUCAUAUGGGCAAGGUCUUCUAGGUUCCCAGUCGAUGCUGUUAUCUAAUACCAUUUUGACACCUGUGCAUCAUCCUCACUUUCACCCAAAAGCAGACGGGCUUGAUUCUCUUAUGACAACACGACAGAUCAUGCAAUUACGAUUUCAAAAAGGCCUACUUGAGACUCAGCGGAUCUAUUCCAUUGGGAAAGCCCCUCUCAGUGUUGCUCCAGCUAUGGUCAAGGCAGCUUUAGAUGCCACUGGCCUCAGCUUUGACUACAUUCAGCAAGAAAGCCUUGGCUCUCCACCCUUUGAAGAUCUUGCCAUGGAUAAGAAGACGGGUGGGGCAACCAUCACUUAUGGACUGAAAACCAUCACCGCGACUUUCGUGGAAAAAAAAAGUCAGCAAGCGAUGGCAAUAGGAGCCAUAAAUACAUUGAUGCCGCUAUCUACAGAGACAAACCCUGCUCCAUGUCUUGGGAAUAUUCAUGCCAACCUACCCGGGAGCGGCGCAAUACGAAGUUGGUACGGGGACAAUACGGAUUGGAUCGGCAUGACUACAUCUGGGCUUGUCAUCGGUAGCGGUGGUAUGGCGCGUGCAGCGAUAUAUUCCAUGUUACGGCUGGGGGUCCAUGCCGUCUGCGUCUUCAAUCCUGUUGCACGAGAUCAGAGCAUCAUUCCGGAUCAUUUCAAUACAAUGUUCGGUUCGCAGCAGCGGGGAGUAAAACAUGUGCGGACUCUUUUGCAUACCCAAGAGUCAUGGCCAGCCGACAUGGAGCAGCCAACCAUCAUUGUUUCGUGUCCGGUUCCCGGAGAAAGGAUAGAGCCAAUCGCCACAACGGCCGCAGUACCUACUCAAUGGCUGCAAAGCAAGACAGGCGGUGUCAUCCUAGAAAUGUGCUACAAACCGUUGUUGACUCCCUUGCUACGAGAGGUGCAAAAUUUGCGAGCUAGGACUGGUCAAGCUUGGGUUCUAGUAAAUGGCCUUGAAAUGCUGACAGAGCAAGGCAGUGUACAAUUCGAAUUACUGACAGGUCGCAGAGCGCCAAGGCAUACAAUGCUAUUAGAGGCUCGGAAAGCGUACGCACAAGAAGAGCUUCUGCAGAAUAUCUAG